AAUUUAUCUUGAAUAAAAACUAAGGCAAAAUUGUAGCACAUCCUAGUACAUUGAUACAUCUGCUAAAAUUAGCAAAAAUAAAAGGCCACAAGGAGGAUUGAGAACAAAUAGUAAUGUGAUUGUAACUGUGUGGAAAAAAAGUACCAAGGUAAGUGGAAUCUUUCUAUAUUUUAUGACUUCCUUUGGAGCACAAAAGGGAGAAAGAAUUAUUCCCAAAUAUAUUCAAACAAUAAACAGUCUUCAUACUAGUUUCACCACUGGUAUAUGUUUGACUGUGCUGAAUGGAUCACAACCUUCCCUUUAAAUUCUCCUUCCAUCCUUCAUUUCCUGGGCCAUUCUAAAAACUCCUCUCCUCUUACCUCUAUUCAAAUAGGAACUCUCUCUCUCUCUCUCUCUCUCUCAACAUAUUAUCUAGCAGCAAAAUGGUGUUACCAACUUAUGGUACACUCGGGAAAAACACCUAUACUGUCCUCAAGUUUCUCAUAGUCAUGUUCUUGAGCAACAUUAUAAACAGAAACAACCUUUGUUGUAACCAGCCUUUUGUCUCCUCAACAGUUUCUCCUCAUUCAGGUUCCUCAGCUAUCCCUUCUUCACUGAAAACACUAAGAUAUGACGGGUAUCUAAGCUCCGAGAACAUUGACCAAGCAGCCAAUGACUUUGGCAAUAUAUACCAUAACCUACCAUCAGCGGUUCUACAUCCUAAAUCGGUUUCUGAUAUUUCCUCUACCAUAAAGCAUAUUUUCGAAAUGGGCACCACGUCAGAGCUGACAGUCGCCGCUAGAGGCCAUGGUCAUUCCCUUGAAGGUCAAGCACAAGCCUAUCAAGGUGUGGUUAUCAACAUGGAAUCACUACGACAGCAAGAAGAAAUGCAUUUCCACACUGGGGAGUUCCCUUAUGUGGAUGUUUCAGCUGGGGAGUUAUGGAUAAAUAUCCUACAUGAGAGUCUCAAACAUGGGAUUGCACCAAAAUCUUGGACGGAUUAUCUUUAUCUCACUGUUGGGGGAACUUUAUCUAAUGCUGGAAUCAGUGGACAGGCAUUCCGGCAUGGACCCCAGAUAGAUAAUGUUCAUCAGCUCGAGGUUGUCACAGGAAGGGGAGAGGUGAUUAUCUGUUCAGAGAAAGAGAACACUGACCUCUUUUAUGGUGUUCUUGGAGGACUAGGACAGUUCGGUAUCAUCACCCGGGCAAGAAUUGCUCUUGAACCAGCACCCAGGAUGGUAAAAUGGAUUAGAGUGCUUUAUUCGGAUUUUUCCGUUUUCACAAAGGACCAAGAGCAUCUAAUAUCAUCAGAGGAUUCUUUUGAUUACAUAGAAGGAUUCGUCAUAAUAAACAGAACAGGUCUCCUUAAUAACUGGAGAUCCUCCUUCAAUCCCAAAGACCCUAUUCAAGCAAGUCAGUUCAACUCAGAUGGGAAAACUCUCUUCUGCCUAGAAAUAGCCAAAUACUUCAAUCCAGAUGAAACUAAUACAGUGAACCAGAAAAUCGAUAGAUUGCUAUCAGAAUUGAGUUAUAUUCAGUCCACACUCUUCCUUUCAGAAGUCUCUUACGUAGAAUUCCUGGAUAGAGUGCACAUAUCAGAGUUGAAACUACGGGCAACAGGAUUGUGGGAUAUCCCCCAUCCAUGGCUAAAUCUUCUCAUUCCAAAAAGCAGAAUUCACUACUUCGCUGAAGAAGUAUUUGGGAACAUUCUUAAAGAGACCAGCAAUGGUCCUAUACUCAUUUAUCCAGCCAACAAAUCCAAGUGGAACAACAAAACAUCUAUGGUUACCCCAGAGGAAGAUGUUUUCUACCUAGUGGCUUUCCUAACCUCCGCAAUGCCAUAUUCGACAGGAACAGAUGGCUUAGCACACAUUUUAAGCCAAAACAAAAGAAUCCUAGACUUCUGCGAAACAGCUCGUCUUGGGAUGAAACAGUAUCUUCCCCAUUACAGCACUUACGAGGCGUGGCGAACUCACUUCGGCCCUCAGUGGAAUGUUUUUGUUAGGAGGAAAUCCACCUACGACCCUUCAGCAAUCUUAGCUCCUGGCCAGCAAAUCUUCCGAAAAGCAAUAGCCUUUUCAUGACAAUGUAGUAAGCCUCGCAGACCACAAAGAGCCCUCAAGGCAUAAAGCAAAAGCCAUAAUGCUUGAAACUGUGCAUACUUUUGUCCUUGAAAAAAAAAA